GUGGCGAAAGGAAACGAAGCUAACUCUUGAGACAAAUGAGAAUCAAACUUUUUGAAGACUUUGCACUUCUAGGAGACGCCUGUUACACAACCAGCUUUCAAAUCACAACAAACAUGUCUAAGGUGACUGCUCUGUUUACUUUUGCGCUAGUUGCGCUCAGCGUUGCUUCAAAUUCAAAUGAUGUUUGGAUAGAAAUGUUUUCUAUUCAGAUGACCCAGGCAGUGGAGAACGAUCUUCCUUUAUUGCCCGAGCUAGCGAAAAAUCUCGGCCUGAACUCUUUGUACAAAAGUAUUGUGAAAGCCAAGUUGGCAGACGCUUUGUCGGCAGCAGGUCCUUUCACUGUCUUUGGACCCACCGAUGCGGCAUUCUACGCACUGCCAGAAUGGGCAAAGAAGGCGAUUGCCAAUGUCACCGUGCUGUCGAAGGUCUUGGAGUACCAUGUCAUCAACGGAAAAAUCAGCUUUUCGGACUUGGAGAACAUGGAUGAGAAACUGGUGCACACUUUGAUAGGGAAACCUCUACGAGUGAAUUUCUACCCCAACAACAAAGUGAUUACGGCCCAGUGCUCCCCUAUUGACUCAAACAAUGCUGACAAGAUGGCAUCCAACGGCGUUCUGCACGAGAUCGCACGGGUGGUGAUUCCACCGCCCGGAACGAUCGUGGACGCCAUCACGGCCUGCCCCGUUUUCAAGACGCUGGUGAAAGCAAUUGCUGCAGCCGAUCUGACCUCGAGUUUCAGCGAGAAGGGACCGUUCACGCUAUUUGCUCCGACUGACGCAGCUUUUGAGAAGCUGCCCAGCGGCGAGCUGGACAAGCUUCUAAAGAACAAGACAUUGCUGGUGGAGGUUUUGAUGUACCAUACCGUGCCACUCACGUAUUGCAGUCCGGGACUGGUGUCCUACACCAACCUGACCACGUUGAUCGGACAGACACUUGCUGUGACGGUGUCUGGAGACAGAAUUAAAAUCAACAAUGCACAGGUUAUCCCUAAUGGCGCAGAUGGCAGUGUAACAAAUGGUGUGGUGCAUGCUAUUGACCAGGUUCUGCUACCUCCAGAUUUCUUACACAGAAGUCGUGUUUGAAUCAAACAAUAUAAUUUUUGAGGUUUUUUUUUGUGUGUGAACAUAGAAUUACAAAAAGCUGUACAUUUUGUUUAACUUGCUUUGUUUCCCUGUAUAUACUCAGUCAGUCCUUGACAUGACAUUGGAAGAUUCAGAUUUGAUCACUCCAUCCACUAUAUAUAUAUAUGGCUAAAAUGGUAAGAAUUUUUUUAAUUUCCAAUAAAUUUUAAUCAUCACAGCUUGCCCAAGGGGCUGACUUGCCAGAGAUGUUAAAAUAGAUUUUUUGACUGGCUACUAAAGGUAUUUAAGCAAUAUGUUAAUAUCAGAACAGGCCUACUAGGCACUGGUAGCAAGUACAUGUAGCAGCAAAAAAAAGAAAAAUCAACAACAAUGGUAAGGUCAUAGGGUCACCCAGUAGUGUAGUGGUUAAAAUACUCGCUUGUUAUCACUGCAGUGAGGAGCUCAGGGUUCAGAUCUUGUCUCGGGACACUCUAUGUAUGUGACACCUGUUCACAGGGCUGAGCAUUGGAAGUUUUCUCCAGGUACUCCAGUUUCCUCCCCACCUCUCCCUCUAUAGUUCAAAAUUGCUACAAGGUGGAAGCACUUCCCUACUAAACCAACUAACCAACCGGGUAAGGUCAUCCCAAAACAAUAAAACAAUUUCAUCCAAACAACAUAUGGCCACAGGAUGUUUAGUUACUGUGCAGUGAAACAAUGGAACUCUCUCCCUUUCCAAAUCCCCACUAUUGAAAUGUGCACUGAAAACGCACCUCUUUCGUAAACAUUACUCCUAACAACCUUUAAAUGCCAGUCUUUUUUACACCCUUCCUUUUCCAAUAUCAUAUUGCUCUUAACUCUUGUUUUGUUAUUUGUUUCCUCCUUGUGUUUUCUGUAUUUGAUUGUAUUCUUCAUUUAGUACAGUUGUUUAUCUGUUAUAGCUCAUAUGUUGUUUGUUUUCCUGUCCCUCGUAUGCUAUCCAUGUUUCGUUCUUGUUCUUAAGUGCUAAGAGCAUACUCCUUAGGAGCACUUUUCAAAUUUUGCAUUAUUAUUAUCCCCUAACCAUUUUAGAUUGGGGAGUGAGGUGUUAGAUACUUUACUUUUCUCAGAGCCAGCAUUAUAUGAGAGCAAUGCCCAUCAUUGCUUUACAUUCCCAAACCUCUAUGGAGUCAGGUAUGAUGGGUCAACUGGGGAAGCUUGAUGUGCUACACUGGUAUCAAACUGGCUUACCUCUGUGUUUUGGACACCAGUUAUCUAAUCACAUGGCUAUUUUCUUCUCCUAAAUCUUCCAUGGACCGAGUCUUAACUGUAUUCAUCCUAUGCAGAUCUGAAGUAUUUUUAAUAAAUUUUCAUGUUAUGAUAUAUAAUCCUUAAAAAUGAAUCAUACAUUUUCUUUUAAAUACGUGUAUUUAUUCUUUGGUGUGUUUCUGACUCAAUCUUUUUUUUUAAUCUUUGUGCAGCUUAUUAAUUGUAAGAACACAAAACUUUUAUUCCAAACAAAAUAUAAAAAUAAAUUUGAAAAUUACA